GUAUAUUUAUAAAAAAAGAAACAUAUUGAGUCUUUAUGUACUUAUCCUCUAUGAGUUCAAUGCUUAAGCUUUAACGAUAAAUCUACUAAAUUUUUUUGUUUUGUUUUUGUUUAUGUAAGUUACCGAUGAGAUUAUCCCGGCAAGGUUAUCUAAGAGAGGUCGUAAUGCGAUAUUCAACGGUUUUAUUAUGUGGUGUUGUUCUGAUUCAGCUGUUUUCUGCUCAAAUCGAUGCUCAAAGAUCAAGAAGUCGAUGGCAGACGCUUAGUGGUGACCCUCCACUUGUGAUUGCUCGUGGUGGGUUUUCUGGAUUGUUACCAGAUUCGAGUAUUGAUGCUUACGGUUUCGCGAUCCAGACAAGUGUAGAUGAUGUUGUUCUAUGGUGUGAUGUUCAGCUUACCAAAGAUGGUGUUGGGAUUUGCUUCCCUGAUUUAAAUCUGGCCAAUGCUUCAACUAUAGAUCUUGUUUACCCAAAUCACAAACCUAAAUCUUACCCGGUUAAUGGAGUCACUAGGCAGGGUUGGUUCACCAUUGAUUUCUCCCUGGGAGAUCUCCAGAAUGUUUCUUUGAUUCGAGGAAUACUCUCGCGAUCGGAUAGAUUCGAUGGAAAUGGAUACGCCAUUUCAACGAUUCAAAACGUUGCCGAGAAGAUUAGUCCUCAAGGAGGCUUUUGGUUAAAUGUUCAGCACGAUGCGUUCUACGAGCAACAAAAUCUGAGCAUAAGCAGUUUUCUUCUUUCAGUUUCAAGAACUGUUUCCAUUGACUUCAUCUCUUCUCCUGAAGUGAAUUUCUUUAUGAAAAUUGUUGGCCAGUUCGGGCGUAAUGGACCGACUUCUGUGUUUCGGUUUCUUAGGAAAGAAGAUUUCGAGCAAACAACAAACCAAACCUACAGUUCUAUCUUGAGUAACUUAACUUUUGUCAAGACGUUUGCUUCAGGGAUUCUUGUUCCCAAAUCUUAUAUAUUACCACUCGAUGACAAGCAGUACUUGCUUCCUCAUACAUCCUUAGUUCAAGAUGCACACAAAGCAGGAUUACAAGUAUAUGUGUCAGGUUUCGCAAAUGAUGUUGAUAUCGCACAUAACUAUAGUUUCGAUCCAGUCUCAGAGUAUCUAUCUUUUGUGGACAAUGGCGAUUUCUCUGUCGAUGGCAUGCUCUCUGAUUUUCCCUUAACUGCAUCUUCAUCCAUUGAUUGCUUCUCCCAUAUUGGCAGAAACGCUACAAAACACGUUGAUUUUCUUGUCAUAUCAAAAAAUGGUGCGAGUGGGGACUAUCCUGGAUGUACAAACUUGGCAUAUGAGAAGGCAAUCAAAGAUGGUGCCGAUGUUAUUGAUUGCUCCGUCCAAAUGUCCAACGAUGGGACACCCUUUUGUGCAAGUUCUAUCGAUCUUGGGGAUAGCACAAUGGUCGCACAAACUCCUUUCAGAAACCGUCAAACAACUGUUUCUGAGAUUAGCUCAGAUGGUGGAAUAUACACUUUUAGUCUAACCUGGCCUGAGAUCCAGAACUUGACUCCUGCUAUUUCAAACCCCUACAGGUCAUACGAUAUGCUUAGGAAUCCGAAUGAGAGAAAUUCUGGGAAUCUUAUUUUGCUUUCUCAAUUCCUAGACUUGGCAAAGAACUCCACAUCUCUCUCUAGUGUUUUGAUCAGUGUUGAGAAUGUAGUGUACCUGAGAGAGAAGCUAGGGCUAGACCUUAUUAAAGCUGUUCUGGACACUCUCACAGAAACUGGUUACAGCAACGUAAAUACCACAACAAAGGUUAUGAUUCAGUCUACUAACAGCUCGGUUCUACUUGACUUCAAGAAGCAAAGCAAGUACGUGACAGUCUACAGAAUUGAAGAAACCAUUAGUGAUAUUCUUGACUCGGCUAUACAAGACAUAAAGAAAUUUGCCGAUGCUGUUGUCAUUGGAAAAUCAUCAGUCUCCACCGCCACCAGAAGCUUUGCCACCAGGCAAACCAAUGUUGUUGAGAGGUUGCAAAAGUCUCAACUUCUGGUUUACGUGGAAAUAUUUCAGAAUGAGUUUGUCUCUCAAAAAAGGGACUUCUUUUCAGAUCCCACUGUUGAGAUUAACACAUAUACCUAUGGAGUUGGUAUCAAUGGAACCAUUACAGAGUUCCCUUUCACAGCUGCAAGAUACAAAAGGAAUAGAUGUUUGGGUAGAGAAGAAAUACCACAAUACAUGUUACCUAUUCAACCCGGUAGCCUUUUAGGUGUUGUGAGUCCUUUGUCCUUACCUCCAGCCGAAGCUCCAAGCCUGAUUUUCACAGAUGCUGAUGUCACUGAGCCACACCUACCUCCGGUUUCAGCAAAAUCCCCAACCUCAUCAACCAAUACAGGAGCACCUAUCGGACAAACCCGACUCCCUCUAUCUAUUUUUCUCUCUGGUUUUGCCUCUCUUCUACUUACGUAAUCGUCCUUGACUACUUGCCAUAUACAAUUUCUCCUUUUUAUGUUAUUUUGACUUGUAGUCCACAGGAUGAAUAUUUUGCCGUUCUCUUUCCAAGCAGUAUGUAUGUUAUGUCAAUUUUAAAAACUAAUUUUGGUACAUGCGAAAUGUUGUCUUAAAUAAAAAUUUCUGUUGAAGUUUUUC